UCGCGCAGGACUCCGACUUGCUAGUCGGUUGCGAAGCGAUGGUGCUCGAGGGGACCGAGGUCUGGGUGUAAAGCUGCGCGGAGACUGGGGCCACGCAAACCAUCUGUCUGCCUGUGAAUAUGAGCAAGGAAGAGCCGCCGCGCCGAGCCGCGUCCUUUAAGUUCACCAUCGAUAGCAUUCUCAAUCUAAAAUCAAGCGCACGAGCGUUUGACAGCUGUCACUCGAAGGCGCCUCGCGCUCCAGUCAGCGGAGACGCGCUUCCUCUUCAGCGCGAUGACACUCAUGAUCGCGCGCGUGCAGACAUAAGCCCAGGAUGCGAGGAUGAUUCUUACCAGAGCUCCGCCGGAGGAAGCGCAGACACGCGCGACAGCGGCACCGAGAAGAGCACGCGGACCACGGCAGCGGCGAAAAAGAAAACGCGCACCAUCUUUUCCAAGCGCCAGAUCUUUCAGCUGGAGUCCACUUUCGACGCCAAACGCUACCUAAGCAGCGCAGAGCGUGCGUGCCUGGCCAGCUCUCUGCAGCUCACCGAGACUCAGGUGAAGAUCUGGUUCCAGAACCGGAGGAAUAAAUUAAAAAGGCAGCUGCUGUCGAGUGAAAUGGACGGAGCUAGCACCGAGUUCAGUGACAGCGCGAAGACAUUGGCGCUUCCGCUUUUCUAUAAAGAAAGCGCUUUAUUAGGAAGAUGUUUAUUACCGACUCCUCUGCCGCUCGUGUAUCCGGGAAGCAGCGCGCCUUAUCUGUGUUUCUCAAACGCCAACAAAUACUUCGGGCUUUUCGAAGGGGAUGUCUGACUUUCUCAAAACCACUUUUAAAAGGUCACUAUAUAUAUAUAGUAUAUAGUAUAAAAUUAAAACAAACAAACAAAAGCAAAUAAAGAAACAACAGUAAAACAAUAGUCAAGUUAAAAAUUAUAUAGCCUACGUUAUUUUUAGCUUGACUUCUUUUACUGUUGUUGUUUUUUGUUUGUUUGCUUGUUUGAAUUUUUUUGUUGUUUUGUUGUUUUGAUUUUCUAUUUUCAUUUAAUUCUUUUCUUGUUCCUUUUAGAAUAUCGGCUUUCAGGGACAAGUUUAUUUCUAUGCAAAGCUGAAAAGCUGAUGUAUUUAUUUAUAAACCGUAACUAUUUUGAUAUAGUCUGACAUAUUUUAUAGCCUAUCUUAUGACAUCAUAAUGAGCAAAAGCCAUAUCCACACCAGUGCCAAUCACAUCAUUAAUACAAACAUUUAUGCCAUUAUUAUUACAUUAUUUUUAUUAUUAUUAUUAUUAUUAUUAUU